AUGGAUGUUCAAAGGCUUGGAGAGAUGUUGAAGAUUAGUGAGGAGAAUUUGAAGACAAGUUGCUAUCUGUCCUUGAAGGCUCAGAAAUUCCCAGGUGAGCAGUUUCUUGUUGAGAAAUCCCCUGCCUCAUCACAUGCUUUUUUCAGCUUUCCAGGAUCUUGGUCUGUGGAUGGUUGGUAUUCUGGAGAUAAAGCUUUUGGAGAAAAAAAGAUCAAUCUCGAACUCUUUCCUUCUAUGAAAAGUAUAAGCAAUUAUGAUAAAUAUGACAAACUUGAAGACCAAGAACUUGCAACUGGAUUUGUAAACCAAGCCUUUCUGCACAGAUUUGAAGAUGUAUUGAAGACUUCCCAGCUUGUAAAUCAGGUGGAAGCGGCUCUGAAUGAACAGAAGAGUAUAAUAUUUACAGGACACUCUACAGGUGGAGCAAUUGCUGCGCUUGCCACAAUCUGGUUCUUGCAGAAGUACCCGAAUGCGAAUAAUGGAGCAUUCUUCUGUGUGACUUUCGGAUCUCCCCUUGUUGGUAAUCAUAUUAUUUCUCAUGCUCUUAGGAGAGAGAAGUGGUCUCAAUGCUUCAUACAUUUUGUCAUGAGAUAUGACAUUGUCCCUCGGAUUUUGCUUGCUCCUCUCACCUCCAUUCAAGAACAGUUUGAGAAAGUUCUCCCCUUCUUCAAUCCAGCAUCCCCCAAAUUUAAAAGUGAAGUUCUUGGAGCAUCGCCAGAGGCCUUGCAGUUCUAUGAAAAUGUGAUCAGGAAUGCAUCAUCUCUUACAAGCCAUGUUGCUUCUCAACUAAUGGGGAACGCAAAUCUUUUAUUGGACACUGUAAAACACUUCACUAAGCUAAGCCCUUACAAGCCUUUUGGAACUUACGUUUUUUGCACUGGGAAUGGGAAAUUGGUUGUCUUGAAAAACCCUGAAGCUGUCUUGCAAACCUUGUCCUACUCUUGUCUGUUAAGCAGCGAAACUGAACAUGCAGCAGUGAUUGCCCACAAAUGCUUGAACGAGCAUUUUGGCUAUGAGAAGGAAUUUUUAGGUGAUGAAUCCAGCUUAGACAUGCAAAAUGUGGUUGAUUUUGAUAAACUAGAACUUCGCUUAGGCUCAGAUGGUUACCUGGAUGACCUUGGCUUGGGUGUAAGAGCUAGAUUGUCUCUUUGCGCUGCGAGAAAAUUCGAAGAGAAAAAACAAGAAAACGAGAAAAGCGUAGCUUCAAAAGUGGAAGCACAUAAAGAAGAGAUGAAGAAACUAGAAGACUACCGAGAAUUUUAUAAUGGGAAGGAUGGGGGAUAUUACCAGGCCUUCAAGAUACAGGGUGAGAAGAAAGACUUUGAUGCUAAUGUGAGUAGGCUUGUGCUAGCAGGUAUAUGGGAUGAGAUUAUUGAAAUGCUGAAAAAAUAUGAGCUUCCUGAUGAAUUUGAGUGUACAGAUAAGUGGAUAAAACUAGGAACCAAUUUCCGCAACCUUGUUGAGCCUCUUGACAUUGCUAACUACUAUCGGCACGCAAAGGGCAGGCGUUACAUGGACAAAGGCGGCAGGCCAAGGCGUUACAAAUACGCACAAAGAUGGCUGGAGCAUCACGAAAAAAAGCAGCCAGGGGACUGUGGAAACUCCUCCUGCCAUUGGGCAAACGAGGAGGAGUCACUCAAGCGAUAG